CUAGCCUGCCCCCCCUCACACGGCGAAAGGAAAUGAAGAGGAGGCUACAUAAGAAAUACUUAAUUUUGAUAUUAGCAUAUUCAGGUUUACUUCUUCUAAUUCCUUAUGUGUUAGAUUACCGGGACAAAUCCGCUCAACACGGUAAACAAGGACUGCCGCAGCAACAGCCCAGAUGCCCAGAUCUGGAUAACACGGUGGCUCUGCUGUGGGACACCGGCUACAAACUCAACGGCAGCAGCGACGGGGCGGAGUACGCCGUCAACAGGACCCAGUCUCGGAUACACAUCUACCUGCAUGCCACCUGGAGGACGGGCUCGUCUUUUUUGGGGGAGCUGUUUAACCAGCACCCCGAUGUUUUCUACCUGUAUGAACCGAUGUGGCACAUAUGGCAGGCUCUGUACCCGGGGGACGCGGGCAGUCUGCAGGGCGCAGUACGGGACAUGAUGAACGCUCUAUACCGCUGCGACUUCUCCGUCCUCAAACUUUACGCAGGCUCGCAAAACAUCACCACGUCGUUCAUCUUCGGCUGGAAGAUGAACAAGGUGAUAUGCUCGGAACCGCUGUGUGAGGCGCACAAGCGACACGAGAUCGGGUUGGUGAAAGAGGACCAGUGCGCAAAGUGCCAAAAGAGGGACAUCAGGGAUCUGGAGAGGGAGUGUAAAAAGUACAAGGUGGUGGUGAUCAAAGGAGUCCGCGUUUUGGACCUGAGCACGCUGGUUCCCUUGAUGAAAGACCCGGCGAUAAACCUCCAGAUCAUUCAGCUCUUCAGAGAUCCGAGGGCCGUGCACAACUCGCGGCUGAAGUCCAAGCAGGCCCUGGUGAAGGAGAGCAUCCAGGUGCUGAGGAGUAAGAAGCAGAAUGACAAAUACAAGCGCCUGCUGGUGCCGAGCAACAGGGUGAACCGGGCAGAGAGCUACGUCUCCAGCGCCAUGGAGCUCAUCUGUGACAACUGGCUGAGUGACAUGAUGCUGGUGGUGAACUCUCCACCUUGGGUAAAGAGGAACUACCUCCGGAUUCGCUACGAGGAUUUAGUCCUGCACCCCAUGGAGGAGCUCCAGAGGCUGUUCCGUUUCUCCAACCUCUCCAGCUCCCCUGCUUUGGAGAGGUUUGCGCUUAACAUGACGCACGGCCAUGGUUACUCCUCAGACAAGCCCUUCUUGAUAUCAUCCAGGGACGCGAAAGAGGCCAUAUACGCCUGGAGGGAGCGACUCAAUGUUGAGCAGAUAAAUCAGGUGGAGGCCUACUGCAGCGAAGUUAUGAGGCACCUGGGGUAUCAGAAGAACAGCGUGGACAAAACUACAUGAGGAUGCGCCAUGAAGAAUCAUUGGGUUAAGGGGCCUGGUAUUCAAGGCGGAGGGCAAAAAAAAGGCGGAAUAACAACAUAAGCAGCUGGAAUAUGGUCCAGUGGGAGGUGUGAGCACGGCUCUCUCGGGUUGUUUUCCCUCAGCCGAGCCCAGGUCAAUGAACUGGAGAGAAGCCGAGUGGAAAGAGUAGCCAUUCAGAGACAGAUGAAUUUGAAACGAGGAGCCGACAGCUUUUUUUUUUUUUUUUUUUUCACAGUGUAGCCUGCUCAACGCCAGUGAGGUCUAUACAGAUAGAGAGAACACGGGGAGGAGAAAUAAACAAGAAGAGAGAGACAGAGCGAUGAGGCUGGUGUGUGUGCUGCCACUGUGCUCACUAGCCUCUCUAUCCUUCCGUCCUUUUAGUAGCACUAAUCCCUCCACAAAUCCCCUGCAGGCGAGGGCCAUAAAAAGCCAGAGAUGGGUCCGUCUUGGGAGACAACUGGCACCAUACAGGAUGGCAGCGUCAGGUCAUAGCUCUCACCUGCGUGAGUUAUUAUCCGUCCAGCCUAUGAAUAAGCACAGCAGUAAUCGCGGACUUUACUGAUACUUAACUGCAUUUGGCUCACUAACAAUGCUAAUGUAGAACUUUUGAAAGGAGAAACUACAGUAUUUUCUUUAAAGGAGGCCUGACUGAGGAGCUAUUGUCACCCCC